AUGGCUUCGGUACAGCAAAGUCUGGGCGGAUCUCCCAGCAAUAUCUCCACCUUAUCCCAACACUCUAAACGACAACGAUAUCAUCAUCAUCCUCAACAAAAUCAUCAUAAUCAACAUAAUCAACAAGAACAACCGGAACCGGAACCAGGGAAAAUUUACCAUCUACACAGAGUACCGCGAGUGGAUGUGGUGGAGAUGCAAAUUCCUGUGGUGAGUGCAAACUUCCCACCCACUCGUGGAGAAAUUAGUACCAAAGAGUCGGGUCUGUUGCCAACCUUGGAACGCGGUACAAUACCGGGAGUCUCAUUUGAUGAUUGCAAUCUCUCAACAGUGGGAAGUGCCAGCAUCGCAUCUACACAUCGUCGUAUGAAAAAGUACACAACAACUACCAUCACAACCACCACAAUCACAAAAAUUAUACUUCCACAUAUGAGUCAGGUACUUCCAUCCGAUGGUAAUAACCGAUUGCCUCCAGAGAAGAUAUUAAUGUGUAUUGAGGGUCAGGGAAGUGGGAAUGUUCCCAACUUAAACAAUAGUGAUAAUGUUGGAGGCUCUCAACUCCAAAACGGUGAUGGACAUAUCUAUUCACGUAAUUCUGAGCAACAACAACAGUUGGAAUGGGGCGGUGAAACUAUGCCUGCUUCUAAUGAGACUCCGUUGAGAGCAAAUCGUCAUCAGGGCCAGAAUCUAUCGAAUCCAAACAACAGCAGUACUCAAGAAAGCUCCGAUUCACCAAACAGCCACGAUGGCGGUGCCUUACCAUCAGGGCAGUUGGUCCCACGCGCAGAGCCAUUACUUCCGCAAUUGCAGGUGCAGCAACCUUGGGUAUUUAACCAUCAGACCGUUAGCAAAACGACCUCCGUAUCUCGUCAGCCACCUUCCCUCUCCUCAGUUCCGAGAAAUGAGAAACAGGGUACAUCAUCUAAUGGUAGAGAAGUAUAUGGGGAUUCCCAGAACACGGGUACCCCACCUCAUUCACAAUAUCUUCUCAACAAUCCUGCUCCAGGUGGUAAUGAGAAGAUGGGUGAAAACGAGCAGCAGCCAUGGAUUCUAAAUGAAGAAAAAACCCAGACGGAGUGGCAUAUUACAGAUUAG